AUGGCCGAGGAACAUUCGCCAGAGCCAGUAAUUGGCCGAGUGUUGGAUCAACGCAAGGGAUGCGACAAUCCAAACAAAGAGUCCUCAUUUCCUCACAAUAAUCGCAUAGAGCAUCAUCUUGAGGGUAUAGAACAGCUCCUGCGCAAAGUCAUUGAUAAUCCUGCUACCAGAACUGUUCAAAGGCCUUCCGAGUCGUUACCUGCGGAAUCUUUCAAUCUAUCCAGGGACUUUGCAGACAAGACUCAGGAUGGCCAAAACAAUGCCGAUUCAGAGAUGGCAUUGGAGGGCAGCAGCUCAAUGAAAGCUGCUACACUGUACGCGAGCGACUUCUUCCAGACUGUCCUCGGACAUUCGCCAACUGCCGACUCAAGCCCGCGUGUGAACGCUGCCUUGUCGUCACUGAAACAAAUGAUCGAGAUAAAUAGCUACCGGUCUCUCGGGGAUCGAAUGCCUAACCGAAGAGAAACCCCGGGAGAUGGGAUAAGGGAUCUUGAAAUGCCCCCUAUGCAGUCCGUUCUCACGAUUCUGCGGGAAUUGAAAGUCGCAAACGCGACCUUGCGCUACCUGUUCCAAGAGAAAGCUCAAGUGACAGAACAUCAGUCCUCUCGCGAGGAGAAUCGAAACCUGUCUCAGCUGUGCCGAGACAACCUCGAGACAGCGAUGAACAAGUUCGGCCUCCUCGCGCCGCCGAGCUUGGAAAACGUAGAGGCUUUUCUCUUGGGGGCGAUCUAUGCCAUAGAGGUGUCACAGCCAAUGCUUUCUUGGCAACUCGUAUCUGCCGCAGGAGGAAUAUGCCAGACCUUGGGUUGGCACCAACUUGUUCCCAACAGCGACAGCACUACUGAUCGCAAGAUCUCUCUUUUCUGGCUAACUUACCUCCUUGACAAAGGCCUCUCCUUGCGCCUUGGUCGACCGGCUGUUAUACACGAUGACGAGAUUACGCUGCCGGAACGGCUUGACAAGGUUGACAUACCAGGAGGAUGGAGGGAUUUGCUUGGACAAUGGAUCCGUCAUUCUCGACUUGUUGGUAAGGCUUAUCAAGAUCUAUACAGUCCGUCAGCGCUUCGGAAGCCAAUACAGGAGCGUGGCGAUCGCGCAAAGAACUUAAUUGCUGCCCUCAAACGUAUCAUGGAUGACUCGUUGAUGCCACUGGGACAGGCGCAUUUAAUCGAGAGCAGGACUGUGGAUUUCGGAUCCGCGCCUAAUAGAAUGGUCAAGACGGUUUUGAAGGCCGAUGAGGUAUGGUACUGGACGACUCUAACGUUUAUACGUAGGGCUGCUCCGUCAACAGAGAGCGGACACGGUGGUGUUAGCCCUGCGUGUUUGGAAUCUGCUAGGAUGGCUUUUGAAGCACAUGGGGAGUGCAUGAGAAUGACUGAGCCUAGCUCUGACACAAAGGCUAUAUACUUGUUAUGGACGAUUAUUUACACCCCGUUUGUGCCGUUGAUCGUUGUAUUCUGCAAUGUCAUUGAGACCUCCAAUCCCGGGGACAUUCGUAUACUUGGAGAGUUUUGCGAAUCGUUGAAACCGCUUUGCGGUAUAUUCGAGGCCAUUCAGGAGCUGCACGACCUUUGUCAAGUUUUGUACAAUCUGGCAAUCUCAUAUGUCGAAGCGAAAUCACAAAGCCAAGGAGGCCUCGAUAAAAUGGUCGAAGAUGGAUUUGGAGCUCAAUUAAAGAGCACGCAAGGGGCGGUGUCGUUUAGUAGCAGCUAUUUCGAUACUUUCUCAACGGGGUCGAGUAUUCCAGUACCUCAACUAAGCAGCCAUGUGUCGCAGGUUAGGGACUGGAUUUCCGGAAAUAUGCAUUGGAUGGACGUUUCACAAGAAGACUUCUCUGAGUUCUUGGCACAAUUGCAAUAG